CGUGUGAGCUAUAACUCCCCGCGCGUGUUCACGUUCGUUCACACUCAUCUCCAUCACUCAAUUGAUUGUCCCCGGCCUCUCUCCAUCAUGCCUCCCAAGAAGAAGGCUACACAGCCACUCAAUGGCUACACCCUCGCGUUGAGUGGUACUUUCCCCGGUCAGACGCAGCAAGCUUUGCAGAGCACUAUCACGUCUCUCGGUGGUGAAGUCGCCAAAAGCAUAACGGCGGAGACCUCUAUCUUGGUAUCAACCACCGCAGAUGUCAACAAAAACUCCAAGAAAGUCCAGGAUGCACAGUCGGCCGACAUUCCCAUCGUGUCCAUUGAUUGGCUCAAUGACAGCUCGUCCAACUCCAAGGCAAUGGAUACUGACAGUUAUCUACUGGUUGGAGGCUCAACUGCCCAACCGCCAGCUGCCGCUGCCAACGGAAAAGGGAAGAAGCGUGCAGCCUCCACUUCAGCACCUUCACAAUCUGCUGUGGCCUCCAAAGCUGCGAAAUUGGAUCCCGUGACUUCCGCCCCCAAACUAGAACCCAAGGUCGGCGAGGGCUCUCUCGCAAAAUCUCGCGAUAUCAAUAUUCCUGUUGACGAGUUUUGCCCCCUGCAAGCAUCCCGCGUCUAUGUGGAUGACGAUGGCGUCAUAUAUGAUGCCCUGCUCAACCAGACCAAUGCAUCGCACAAUAACAAUAAGUUCUACCGUGUGCAGCUUCUGCGAAAUCCAAGCGACAACACCUACAAGACUUGGACACGCUGGGGUCGAGUUGGCGACCGUGGUCAGAGUGCUCUAUUGGGUAGCGGCGACCUGGAAGAUGCCCUCAAGCAGUAUGACAAGAAGUUCAAAGACAAGAGCGGCUUAUCCUGGGAUAACCGCGGCGCCGACCCGAAGAAGGGCAAGUAUGCAUAUGUUGAGCGGAGCUAUGAAUCAGACAGUGAUGCCGAAGAUGAUCAGGGAGGAGCCGAAGCAUCUGAUCCGCAAGGACGAAGCGCAUCCCCCGCCAAGUCAACUCUCGCCGCUCCAGUCCAGGAUCUGAUGCGGCUCAUCUUUAAUACCGAGUACAUGAACCAAGCUAUGGCUUCGCUCAACUAUGAUGCGAAGAAGAUGCCUCUAGGAAAGCUCAGCAAGGCCACUAUCAACCGUGGGUUUCAGAUGCUGAAGGAGCUGGCUAACCAGCUCAACGGCGCUGCCUCGGCCGCUUCAGCGAGUGACAUCGAGCACCUGUCGAACACCUACUACUCGGUCAUUCCCCAUGACUUCGGCCGUAACCGCCCUCCAAUCAUUCGAGAUGCCGACACAUUGAAGAGAGAACUGGAUUUGCUUGACUCCUUAGGCGACAUGAAAGAAGCUGCUGCACUCAUGAAGAAGGAGCUCAAUGGGGCAGAGAAUAUCAGUCUCCUCGAUCGUCAAUUCAAAGGCCUCGGUCUAGAGGAGAUGACGGUCCUUAAUCGUCAUGAUAACGAAUUCCAAGAGCUAGAAUCGUACCUCAAGGUCACGAAAGGUGCGACUCACCACAUGAACUAUGAAGUCGUGAACAUCUUCCGGAUCGAGCGCAACGGCGAACUUGAUAGAUUCAAUAAGAGCCGGUUUGCAAAGGUUAAGAGCGAUCGGCGACUGCUGUGGCACGGAUCUCGUGCAACCAACUUUGGUGGUAUCCUAAGCCAAGGUCUUCGGAUUGCGCCACCUGAGGCCCCAGUCUCCGGCUACAUGUUUGGAAAAGGCAUCUACUUGGCUGACAUGUCCUCCAAAUCAGCAGGCUAUUGCUGUGCGUACAAUUCUGGUGGACAUGCUUUGCUUCUACUCUGCGAAGCUGAGUUGGGUCAGCCCAUGUACGAGCUGACAGGAGCAUCGUACUCUGCGGGCGAAGAUGCUUACAAGAGCGGGAGUUGCUCUACGUGGGGUAAGGGAAGGACAGGACCUCAGGUCUGGAAAGAUGCCGGCUCCGUUCACCCUUCUCUCGCCGGGAUCAAGAUGCCCGACGCCAACCACAACCCAACCGACACCAAUGUCUCUGGUGCCGGUCUGUAUUACAACGAAUAUAUCGCAUAUGAUAUCGCACAGGUCAAACUUCGGUACCUGUUCCGCGUCAAGAUGUAACGAUCGUCAGCAAGAGCUUGCUAGGCACCAAGCAUUGUCUUUCGUCAUUCAGCAUACGGAGCAUCCCGAGCAGCAUCUCAAAUUAGGUGCUUUUGCCUUCUUUCAAUAUUUCGUAUUCUUCUAUCAUAUCCUAGUCAUCCUUCUCAUUCCACGCAGCACAUUUAUCGAAUAACUCGGGAUGCAAUGUGCACGCGGCACUAUUCGAACACAAUGGAGGAUUCUGGGUCCAAACUAAGUCAAAAGUUAUGCGGCAUACCUAUUUCCUUGCAUUCAGUAUGCAUGAUGCUCGUAAGGUGGACAUGGUGAUUUUCACCCCAGUCGGGCUAGAACAGAGGUGGGACUCGGGCUCAUAAGUCUCUUGGUACGCUAUUUAACCCGUAUUCUGGGGUCGCGUCCCCAUAAUAUACCUAUAUUGCAUUUUGAUUGGUUCACACGUGCUCUCCACAGUAGAAGGCAAGACUUCAGGAUUGACUUGAUUCUCGGACCGGCUGCCUCUGUUCGACAGGCAAUGAGAGGCAGACUGUGCAAUAUCAGCCGUUGUUGCGACAUCCUCCAGAAGUAGGUGCUAUCUGCCCCCCACAAUGUAUGCGCAUAGUUACAUGGUGUUUGCCGACAUGUGUCCAGAAUCUGGUCCUGCGGAGCCGACAUGAACAAUAUUCUGAGUCUCGGCAUUUCCACUAUGCCUAAAAUCGCCAAUUU